GUGGAUCCAAGAUGGCGUAGAAAGUAAAGCUAGAAGUUCUGUCCCUGAGUCAUGGCGGACAGGAGGCCAGAGAAGUCAUGUGAAGAGGCCAGUGAAUCGUUGGUGAGGCGGGAGUACGAGGCGGCGGUGACUCACUGCACGGAGGCGCUCCUCGUUCUCAGCCUGAGGCCCCCCAGUCCCCGCGCAGUACCCCUCCGCAGUCGGGCCCUGCUCUACAGGAUCGCUGCCCUUCUGCAGCUGAAGAACUAUGAUCAAGCGGACGAAGACUGUAAACACGUCCUGGCAGAGGAACUGGCCAAGGGAGAUGGGUCGUUUCAGGCCGGGCUGCACAGCAUGCUGCUGGAUGGCAGCCUGCAGGAAGUGUCCAGUAUUCUGUCCAAGUCGCUGUUCGGGGAACCAUUGAAUGGGAUCGUGACAAAGGAUUUGACGAGACUGAAAUUGCUUCUCUCUGAAAUUGAAGCUGCAAGCAGCAAGAUGGCCUCAGAAUAUACUGAAGACAACGAGGAAGAUGUGCUGGAUGGCUGGCAGUUCCGCCCCCCGCCUCGAGGGGUGACCAGUAGUGAAGAGUACACACUGUGUAAAAGGUUUCUGGAGCAGGGGCUGUGCAGAUAUGGGGCUCAGUGCACAUCGGCCCACUCUCAGGAGGAGCUGACAGAGUGGCAGAAACGCUACGCCUCCAGACUCAUCCGUCUAAAACAACAGCAGGAGAGCAAGCACUUCACAGAGAAUUACAUGGAGGCGCUCAUAGAGAAGUGGAUGAACUCCCUCUCUCCAGAGAAAGUGUUGAGUGAGUAUGUGGAUGGUGUGAAUGUGGAACACAGCUCGGAUCUCUCAGUGACAGUAACCUCUAAGAAGUCAUCUCACUCCUGGACAUUCUCGCUCCUAUGCAAGCCUCCGCGGGCACUGUACCGCAUCGCACUGCUGUACGACGCCCACCGACCCCACUUCUCCAUCACGGCGGUGUCCGCGGGCGACUCCUCCGCCCAGCUGCUGCAGGAGGUGCCCGAGGGCUGCCAGGAGUGGACGGGGGAGGGCCUGGCACAGAACGGCAUGGACCACUGCCUCUACAAGGUGACGGUGGGCUUCAGCACAGAGAUCUUCGGCACCUUCCGGCAGACCAUCGUCUUCGACUUCGGCUCUGAGCCGGUGCUGAUGCAGAGGGUCAUGGUGGACGCCGCUUCGAUAGAGGACCUGGAGCACCUGAAACAGGCGCGACAGCAGCUCCUGAUGACGGCCAAGCGCUGGGACUCGUCCUGCAAAACCAUUGUGGAGUUUGGGCCCAAUGAAACCAUGGAGCUGGACCGUAGCCUGCUGGCCCGGUACCAGAUCCCCCUCUCUGCCGACCAGCUGUUCACUCAGUCUGUCCUGGACAAGACCCUGACCCGUGAGAACUACCAGGCCCGGCUGCAUGACCUCCUCUACAUCGAAGAGAUUGCUCAGUACAAGGAAGUCAGCAAGUUCAACAUCAAGGUGAAUCUACAGCUGGUGACCAGUUUUAUGCUGACGGGCAUCUCAGGGGGUGCCAAGUAUGCCCAGAACGGGCAGCUGUUCGGCCGCUUUAAACUGACGGAGACGCUCUCGGAGGACACCCUGGCCGGCCGGCUGGUGAUGACCAAGGUCAACUCGGUCCUGCUGCUGCCCCUGUCCAGGGAGUCGUCCAGCCAGCCGCCCGGUGUCAAGGAGCGCGUGUACGAGGCUGUCAUCGAGGAGAAGACCAAGGAGUACAUCUUCCUGCGUAUCUGCAAAGACUGCUGCGAGGAGCUGGGCCUGCAGCCAGACCGGGAACUACAGGUGGAGCUGCAGUUCCAGCUGAACCGUCUGCCGCUCUGUGAGAUGCACUAUGCCCUGGACCGCAUCAAGGACAACGGCAUCCUGUUUCCUGACGUCAGCCUGACCCCGACCAUCCCUUGGAGCCCCAACAGGCAAUGGGACGAGCAGCUGGACCCCCGGCUCAAUGCCAAGCAGAAGGAAGCCAUCCUGGCAAUCACCACGCCCCUCUCCAUCCAGCUGCCCCCAGUGCUCAUCAUCGGGCCCUACGGCACGGGCAAGACCUUCACCCUGGCGCAGGCGGUCAAGCACAUCCUCAGGCAGCAGGAUACCAGGGUCCUCAUUUGCACCCACUCCAACAGUGCUGCUGAUUUGUACAUAAAAGAUUAUCUUCACCCAUACGUUGAAGCAGGCAAUCCACAUGCAAGGCCUCUCAGGGUAUACUUCAGGAACCGUUGGGUGAAGACGGUUCACGCUGUCGUGCAGCAGUAUUGUCUGAUCUCAAGCACGCAGUUCACUUUCCAGAUGCCGGAGAAGGAGGACAUCAUCAAACACAGGGUGGUGGUGGUGACCCUCAGCACCUCCCAGUACUUGUGUCAGCUGGACCUGGAGCCCGGUCUCUUCUCCCACAUCCUGCUGGACGAAGCGGCGCAGGCCAUGGAGUGUGAGACCAUCAUGCCCUUCGCCCUGGCCAGCAAAAGCACCCGGAUCGUGCUGGCAGGAGACCACAUGCAGCUCAGUCCGUUCGUGUACAGCGAGUUCGCCCGGGAGCGGAACCUGCACGUGUCGCUGUUGGACCGCCUCUACGAGCACUACCCCGCCGAGUACCCCUGCAGGAUCCUGCUAUGCGAAAACUACCGCUCCCACGAGGCAAUCAUCAACUACACGUCGGAGCUCUUCUAUGAUGGGAAGCUGAUGGCCAGCGGGAAACAGCCCUCGCACAAGGACUUCUACCCCCUGACCUUCUUCACGGCGAGAGGGGAGGAUGUGCAGGAGAAGAACAGCACUGCCUACUACAACAAUGCCGAGGUGUUUGAGAUCGUGGAGAGGGUGGAGGAGAUGCGGAAGAAGUGGCCGGUGGCGUGGGGGAAGCUGGACGAGGGCAGCAUCGGGGUGGUGUCCCCCUACGCCGACCAGGUCUUCCGCAUCCGCGCCGAGCUACGCAAGAAGAGGAUGUCGGAGGUCAGCGUGGAGAGGGUGCUGAACGUCCAGGGUAAGCAGUUCCGGGUGCUGUUCCUGAGCACGGUGCGGACACGGCACACCUGCAAGCACAAGCAGACCGCCAUCAAGAGGAAGGAGCAGCUGGUGGAGGACUCCACGGAGGACCUGGACUACGGCUUCCUGUCCAACUACAAGCUGCUCAACACGGCCAUCACUCGUGCCCAGUCCCUGGUAGCCGUGGUGGGAGACCCCAUUGCCCUCUGCUCUGUGGGCAGAUGCAGGAAGUUCUGGGAGAGGUUCGUCUCCCUGUGCCACGAGAACAGCAGCCUGCACGGGAUCACCUUCGAGCAGAUCAAGGCCCAGCUGGAGGCACUGGAGCUGAAGAAGACCUACGUGCUGAACCCCCUGGCCCCCGAGUUCAUCCCACGGGCCCUGCGGCCACAGCACCCACAGGGCUUCAGCAAGCAGCAGCAGCAGCAGCAGCAAUCCCCCCCGAAGGGCAAAGGGCAGCAUUCAAACCAGACUGAACACUUUCCACCAGAGGGAUUUGUUCAGCCUAAUCCCGCUGUGUUGAUGGGGAACCCCAUUCGAGCAUUCACUCCGCCUCUGGGAGGCACCCCAGCUAUGGGCAAGUCUCCCAGCCCGGUGCAGAGGAUAGACCCCCACACAGGGGCCAGCAUUCUCUACGUCCCUGCGGUCUACGGGGGGAACAUGGUCAUGCCCGUGCCUUUGCCCUUACCCUGGCCGGGUUAUCAGGGCCGCUUCGCCAUGGAUCCACGAAUCAUGGGCCAUCAGGCAGCCAUGGCCUACAAUAUGAACCUCCUCCAGGCCCACAACCGCGGCUCACCCAUCCCCUACGGUGUCAGCCACCCCUCCCCUCUGGGCGUGGGCCAACAGUCCACCCCUGACAAGGAGUUACUGCCAGAAGCCAGCAGAAACGGGAAAAUGGAUGGAGGCGUGAAAGCAGAGCAGAGCCGGCUUCAGACGCCAGAGAGGAAGGCUCCUGAUGGCAAAGGAAAACAGGGAGAAUUAGACACAGGCCAGAACAGGAGUCCGGAGUCCCAGGAUGCCUUGGGCUUCCCGAAUGCUCGGCUUCACCGGAAGGACAAUCCUGGGCAGAGACCCCUCAACUUCCACCUGGCCCCACCAAACCCUGCCAUCCACCCUCACCCCAACAGUAGACAGUUCCCGCACCAGUACCCCAUGGCCAGGCCACCCUUCAGAGUCCAGCAGCAGCAGCAGCAGCAGAACAAUCUACCCCCUCAGCACCUGGGCCAAAUGCACCAGCUCCCUCCUCAACAGCAGCAGCAGCAGCAGCAGCAUUCAGCCCAGCUGUCACCAGCCUUUCCUGUAGGGAACCCCUCGUUCUUCCACGCCCCGCUCCACAACAGAGCCCUUCAGUCCCCGAGCCUGGAGCCCAUGUCCGGAGAGACCGCCGGGCCCAGCAUGAUGCCAGAGGAUGUUAAUAAUUCCAUUAGACCCAUCCCCCCACAGCUGGGCCACCAGCCACACCCCCCGCCCCUGCCGCAGCCCAAUCGCAUCAACAGCUUUGCGGAGGAGCACCCCGAGGCUAUGCUGGCAGAGGGGCUGGACAUCCAGGAGGCCCUCAGCCAGCAGGCCCGGCUCAGCCAGUGGAACGAACACAACCACAUCCUGCAGGGGGGAGUGGCCUUCCCCCUGCCCCAGCACCUGGCCCACCUGGCCCAGCCCAGCCUGCGUUUCCCCCCGCAGCUGCUGCGCGCCAACUGGAGGCUGGGCGCCAGCGCCGAGGACGAGGCCGGCCCCCCUUUCCCCAGGUUCCCCGGUCUGCUGAGGGAGAUGGCCCCCCCGGAGCAGGGCGAGCAGAGGGACCCGGCGGAGAUGCCCCCGCCUCAGUCGCGGCUCCUGCAGUACAGGCAGGUGCAGCCCUGCAACCCCGGGGACCUGCCCUCGCCCUCCGCGAGCCCCAACCACAGCGGCCCCUUCCCCGGGCCCUCCCCGGAUGCCAGCCGGGAGCUGGAGAUCAUCAACAGCCAGGCCUUCCAGCAGCAUCCGGCCUCUCAGAUGUACCCCCCGGCUUUCCCCCAUGCCCCCGGACACUCCACCCCGCCCCCGGUCAAGUACCUCCUCUCAGACGCCCAGUGGACUCACGCCAGCCUCCCCCAGAACCACGUGCUGGGCCAGGGCUUCCCCUUCGGUGUUCCUGUCAUGGCUCAUCGGCAGGAGCAGCUCCACCUGAUGCAGCUACAGCAUCACCAGCAGCAGCAGCAGCAGCAGAAACAGCAGCAGCAGCAGACACAACAGCAGCAGCAGAGCCAGGUCCCGGGACAGCAGGAGCCCUACCACCCCCUUUCCCCCCGUACAAUGGCCGCCUCCUCCCUUCACAAUGUAGAAGAGUAUGAACCGCGAGGGCCUGGCAGGCCGCUGUACCAGAGGAGGAUCUCCUCCAGCUCCGCGCAGCCGUACCCGGACGACUCAGGCAACCCCCAGGGCAUCCUCACACAGUGUAAGGACCCGCAGGACCAUCCCCAUCUCUCAUACAGCUACCCAUCAGCAGAACCGUGGCCCGGCAACAGCGCCCCUGUCCCAUUUCAGAACAUUCCAUGCAAUGGAGGCAGCACACUUCCACACAGGGACCUCCUAGCAUCAUCAAAGGCAGUGCGCUCAGCAGAAGAUCACAGAAAGACAGAGGGUGUCCAGCCACCAGUCCACUCAUUCAACUCUCUUCAGCACCUUGGACAGUUCCCUCCACUUAUGCCCAACAAGCAGCCCAGCCCUGACCCCGGUGGAGGGGGAGGUCCUGGCCUGAACAAGACCCCCACGAUGUCGUACGCCAGCGCCCUCCGUGCCCCGCCCAAGCCCCGACCUCUGCCUGAACAGGUCAAAAAGAACAGCGACCCCUUGUCCUUAUUACAGGAACUUAGAAUAGGCAGUUCAAACAACACCAAUGGAUAUUAUUCAUAUUUUAAAUGAGCAUAACAAUUAAAU